AUGCCUGAAUCCAUUGAUCCCAAAUCACUUCGUGUAGUAGAUCUUCGUGAAGAACUUGGGAAACGCAAUCUUGCAAAAACGGGGAAAAAGGAUGAAUUAGUAGCAAGGUUAGAAGAAGCAAUGGCCAAAGAAGCAUCCACAGAAACAACAGAAUCACAACCGGAAGAAACAGAAGCCACAGUAGAAACAACAGAACCACAACCAGAAACCACAGUAGAAACAAAAACAACAGAACAUGUCGAACCCACACAACCUAUUGUUCCUUCGCCUGUAAAUAAUGAUGCAGAAAAAGUCGCCGUCGAAUCUCCUGUCAUUGAACCUACUUCUGUUGAAACAAAAGUAUCAGAAACAAUAGAACCAUCAACGAUAGAUAGUACAAUGGAGCAACAGGAAAUCGAUCAAACUGUGUUGAAACGGAAACGGGAAGAAUCACCUGUAGAGGUUCAGGAAGAAAAACGAGUCAAACCUGCUGAAUUAACCAAGGAAACGGAAGAUACCAAUGAAAAGGAACCACUCUCUACUACGACAUCGGUUGAUACAUUGGCUAUUUGUAUUAAAGGAUUUGUUCGACCAUUGAUUACCAAGAGUCUUCACGAAUUCAUUUCACAAUUUGGAAAUAUUAAACGAUUCUGGAUAGAUCCUAUAAAGACCCAUUGUUAUGUGAUUUAUGAUACUUUGGAACAAGCUAAUGACGCGUUUGAUAAAAUCAAUGGAACAGUGUAUCCUCCUUCUACAGGCAAGACAGUGACAGUGAUUCGAUUAACAUCUGAUCAGGCUACUAAAUUGAUGGAUCGAGAACAGGAAAUUGCGGAUAAACGAGGCCGAGCUAAUUGGGAAAAGCUUUUAGAAAAUGUACUCAACAAUAUCGAUAUUGAUGAAUCUUCAGAAACAAAACAAUCACCUUCAUCACCACCAAACAAACAACGACGGUUAGGUGGACUUGAACAAAUUACUCGACAAUUGCAACAAAGAAGUGCUGUAUCUGCUGUGAUGGAUCAAGAACAUCAACCACAAACUUCUAUUUUGGAUCGAUUAUCAAACUCUGCUCAAAUCACAAAGGAAGACUUUACGGCAUUACCCAAAGUGGGCAAAUCUCUGGAUGAUUUAUUCUUGAAAACCAAAACCUCCCCUGGUCUUUAUUAUCUUCCUGUGGAUAAAGAUAUUGCUGCUCAACGUUUGACUUCUAUGCAAUCCAAGUGA